UUGUAAAGUGCACGCGGCGUUAAUGUAACAACAGCAGUAGACACAACGAAAGACUUUCUCAUGUACAUAUAGGCCAACGAUAAAUAGCGCUGAACGCGUGUGCGCGUCCUCUCUGUGCGCAACCCGAGCAACAACGCGCUUCUCUCAAUACAUUCUAUUGUUUUGUGUAGCUUGGGGAGCUGUAGGGUCGCUAGCCUUGUAAUCCUAUUGAAAACUCUGAUGUGAUGUUUCCUGUAACCCGCAGAUGGACGGCAGUGUUGACAACACUGAGAGCGCUUGCAGUGAACUGGAUGAAAUUCUCCAGCAGAUAUCGGAUCUGGAUAAAUGGAGAGAGAUCUUUAACUCCCGCGGGUUGGAAUUACGAGAAUGCAAUGUUAAAAGACAUACUGAGAAAACUAAAGCAGAUGAGGACAGUGAUGACACUUCAAGACCUACGACCUCAAACCACCACAUCAACCCACAAAACAGCCAGUUAACAGUGCCCUACUCUAUACCUCAAACCCUCGCAGUGUCUCCAAGUCUGGGUGGGCAACCACUGUCACCAGAGCUCGCAGUGAGUUUAAGAAAGAUCUUGUUUGGGAACACAUUCCACAUUUUCAACUAUGAGUGGAAGAAAACGUUCUUUAAGUUUCGGGAGCCUUUCUCUGAUAUGUCAUAUGCCCUGGAGACUGAGAAGGGGGGAACCCGUGCUAUUCAGAUGGUGGUUCAGGCACAUGUUAUUAAAUACUUGCUCUUCGGACGGCAAUUGAACUCAGACUGCAAAAUGCAGAGUAUGAAGGAAGUGGGGGAAAAGGAGCAGAGAAGGGCACUGGCAACCGCUCUGACUGACAUCUUGUGGACAGCUGGUGAGGAGCAGACAGCGACCGUCUCCUUGGUCACAUCAGAUCGCUGUUUCACCCCCCAUCUGGACUACAAGCUAGACAGCUUCACAGAGAGACUACAACUUUUCACCUUUAAUAAGAAAGAAGACGUUAGAGCAUUUAUAUACGACCAUAUGCAGAGUUUUAAGGAAGAAGGAAGUCAUGGAGUCAUCCUUUUUCUGUAUAGCCUCAUCUUCUCCAGAUCCAUUGACAGGAUACGGGAAGACUUUGAUUUUACCACCUCGCAUCUUUUGCAUUUGAGCUUGGGGAACUUUGUGUGUCGACAGGCUCUAUUAAACCUGCUGUUGACAGGGCGGGCCAGCCCUAAUGUCUUCAAUGGGACAUUACGCAACGAUGAGCAAGGAGAACCUCUUGCUCACCCGCUCCACGGGGUCCUGACCCGCAGUGAUGUUGGAUAUCUACUUUGGAACAGAGAAGAAGCCGAGCAUGCAAAGCUGCCCCAGGUGGGCAGCAUGUUGAAAACACCCAAGCUGCCUAUCUGGGUGUGCAACGUCAAUGGCACCUACAGCGUUCUGUUCAGUCCAAACCGCUUGCUGCUCUCUGAUUGGAGGAUGGAGCACCUCUUCCAUCUUUCCUUCUACAACGGCCAACCCACACAGAGCCAAACUGCAAUGCUCACCAUAGACACACACUCCCAUCACUGGGAAGAAGAAAAUAAUGACACUCAGGGAGACCCAGAGAAAAAGUUUCCAUCUGUGGAGAUGACCAUUAGGACCAAAUGGGAGGGAGCUGUUAUCGAUUGGAAUGGGAAUGUGCCUUUUUUCUAAAGUCUAACAAACAAAGUCUCUUUGUAAGAUUGUUAGGAAUAUAGUAAAAUCUGGUUUACACAUGUAUCAUAGUUGGCUUUUUUACUGGUGACUAUUUCACAUAUUCCAAACACUGUUUUUGUUUUUAUUUUUUGUUUGUUGGAAUCGGAUCAGGUUUACGUUGCGGUUUCUUCGACUGAUAUCAAGUCACAAGUUUUAAUCUUGCAGUCUCAAGUUAAGUAAAGAUGGAACAGUCUCAAGUUGCAGGGUUUAAUCAAAUUAAGACAAGUUUAUAAUUCAAAGCCUUACAGUCUUAAGCAUUAAUAAAUCAUUUUGUUUUUUAUAUCUCUUGUUACAUUAGAAUUUAAUUAAAUGCUGUUUAUAUGAUAUAGCAUAAAUCGAUUUUCUAAAAUUAAGUACUGUAGUAAAGUAUGGAAGAUUUUAUUGUUCCUAAAUGUGUUUUAGUUUCUAUUUUAAGCCACAAUCAAACUAAGGGUACGUAAAAAAACUGGAGCAUCUGCAUUUUUCACCAGGUGUGGGCAAUUCCAGCGUUAUGGAUGUGAAAUGUCAAUUCUCAGAUAAUGUAUUUAUUACCAAUAUAUUGAAUCAUCUGUUUAUAUUUGACUAAACCCCUGAUGAUACAAGUUUUCUUUUUUAAAAGAGGGAAAAAUUCAUGCGUUAUGGAUGUGACAAAAAAGGCCACACUUUUUUUGAGAGGCAACAUACUAUGUAGUACCCAACAAAUAGAGGGGAAGGGAUGGCCAUGAAAUAGUUAUUGUAUAUUCAUUUCCACGUGCACAUUUAUGAGGAAUAUGGACCAUUAUGGAUGUGACAAUUCACUUACCUGGCUAUAUGGAGUACGUAUGGAAAACUAUCCUUCAAAAACUCAAAUGCUUUAAACACUUUAAGAGAGACUUUAGAUGGUUAUUUAAACCACCAAAUAUUGACAUCUGAUUUAUUAGUUUGGUGAAAACCUUUCGUAAAAACUUUCAU